AUGGCUUCGGUUACUCAGCAGGCUAUUGGUGACAAGAGUGAUAUCCAGGCAACGGUCCAGCAAAUCGUUGCGCAAGUUGCCCAAUUCGAACAAGAUGAGCCUGGGUCUCGUGAGAAGCUUAUACAGACUGCAAGGUCUCUUAUUCAAUCCUUGGAAACUCCGAUGGAAUCUAUCUUGUGGAUGAUCUGGAGCGAGCCGACACGAUAUAUAGCUGCUCGUUUAGCGCUUGAUUUGAAAAUAUUCGAGACCUUGAUUGAAGACAAUGCACGCCCCAAGAGUGUCGACGAUCUGACAGCGCCUUCUGGGGCUUCUCCACAGCUGGUCAAACGAAUAUCACGGAAACUCGCAACUAUGAAAAUGAUCAACGAGACUGGGGUAGAUGAGUACGCUGCCAACGAUUUUACGCAUGCAUUGAACAUUCCGAAAUACCGGGACGGUAUUCGCUUUUGCUUCGAUAGUGCAGGCCCUUCAUUCGCAAAUAUGCCCCAGUAUUUCGCCGACACCAAAUAUCAAAACCCACAGAAUGCAAAUAACGGUCCGUUCCAGUAUGCGCACCAAAAUAAGUCGGCUUUCGCAUGGCUUAACGAACACCCGGAAGUUUUUCAGGCGUUCCAGAGCUACAUUCACGGGCAGAGAGAAGACCGCCCAUCGUGGACUGACGAAGGAUUUUACCCAGUCCACGAACGACUGGUCGAUGGUCUUGAGCCUGAGGGAGAAUCUUCCGCAUUAGUUGACAUUGGUGGAGGACUAGGACAAGUUCUGGUUGACUUCAUUACUGUAACACCAGGUUGGAAAGGACGAUUGAUUUUGCAAGAGCAGGAACCUGUUUGCCAGCUUGCCAAGGCUUCGGGGAUCGACCAGCGCGUUGAAGUGAUGGUUCACGACUUUUUCACUGCCCAGCCUAUUAAAGGAGCCCGCGCAUACUACUUGCGCAAUAUUUUGCAUGACUGGCCAGACGCGGAUUGUCGGAAGAUAUUGGCACAUAUUAAGGAUGUGAUGAAGCCAGGAUAUUCCAAGAUUCUUAUUAAUGAUAGUGUUCUGGCGGAUCGUGAUCCUUCAUGGCAGCACGCCUCGUUAGACCUGUACAUGAUGGCUCUGACAGCUGCUCAAGAGCGUUCGGAGCGAGAAUGGUACGACCUAAUCAAUAGCUGCGGUCUUAAAAUUGAGGGAAUAUGGAGUAAAGGGGAAGGAAAUGAGAGUAUCAUUGAAGUUGUUAUUUAA